AGGCUACUUUAUGUUGCAAGUAAUCUGGUGGUAGGGGUUGGAACAUGUAGUGAGACCACUUGCCCCCGUAGUUCAUUGUGACGCAUGUUCUUUGUGCUUAAACUACAUGAAGUUUGACUAAAAGUAAAAGUACGCCUACGCCAAUCUACCUUCCUAUGAAUGUUGUAUGUCCUGAGACAUUUUUUUUUCGUGUACGUCAUAUUGGUGAGACUAACUACUUCUAUAUCUGAUUCGCUUUCUUUUACUGCUGCUCCUGGUUCAUCUGUCACUCUUUCUCCUACUGUAUUCGAGACGAGGAGUAAGUCCUGACCCUGAAGACGCUCGCCUCUUUCGGCUGAUUUUCAUUUUCAUUUUCUGCAUUUGUUUUGUAGUUGUACCGGUCGGAGAUCUACUUCAUCAAACUUCAGCACACGACUACCAUGAUCUCCUCUUCCAAGCCCAAGACGAUGCUCCCGGUGAAGCGCAAAUUUCAGGGCGACGUUCUGUCGGAAGAUACCCUGUUUUGUCCCGAACUUUUGUUCGACCGAAAGCGGAGGCGCAACGAGAGCACAGCGGGGUUCGUGUCAAUUCCCUCCAGCCCGGUGCGACCCUCCAGCUCCUCGUCUUCUUCGUCCAGCCAGAAUCGAACCCUGGAACACCAGGUGGACCUGCUAGCCGCGAACGUGGAGGCGCACCAGGAGAAGAUUCCGCUCCUGGGUGGUGUUCUUGACACCAGCGAGGACGAGGAUUCCAUUCCGGACGAGACCAGCAACGGGUCGAUUUGUAGUUCUAUCGCUAGUGCUAGCCGCAAGCGGAACAAGAAUAAAUCUUCCGCACUAGCAGGUGCGGGUGUUGUGUCCACUUCCCUAUCCCUGUCCCCCGACACGAGGCAGCGGCACAUGCUCCGGGUCGCGCCGCCGGCCAAAAAGAAGUCGGACGAGGUGGGCAUGGUGUUCGGCUCCUCGCGGUUCCAGCUGGCCAUGAAGUCCACCACGGUGUUCCGCCUCUCGAGUCCCGAUAUCGACUUGCGAACCAGGCGAAAGGAGAGAAAAGCCUUUUUGAAGUCCCUGACUACGGAGCUGCCGACCAGAUACGGCGAGCAACAGGAAACAAUAAAUCCAGCGGUAGAGCACCAUAGUACAACGUUGUGCCCCCUCGUGUCGCCGUCCCCGUCGCCGCCGCCGGAAUUCCCGCUAGAUCGAGUGCUGAUAUCAUCAUCUUCGCCCGAUGUUGAAAUCGUGAACAACUCGAAAAGUUGUAGCCCGCCGCCGAGCUCGACCGCAUCGUUCGACGCUUAUUUUCCUCAGCACAAAAAUACUGAUCAGCAGCAUCAGCUCGAUAGCAUGAUUCCCUC